CACAUGGUACUCGUUAUGCAAGCGGACAGCUAUGGUAAUUGCAGUCGCGGAUGUGUUUCGAAGAAAGACCAAAAUCUUAGAGCUUCGUCCGAAACUUUUAGAACUGAGUGGCAUGAUGUGGAUAAUAGCGGCCCAGCGAGAGCAUUUCGCAGAAGAAAUAAAUGCUUUGAAAUCGGAUAAAUUACUCUCGUGCAGGUCACCGUUAUUGUCGUUGACACCUUUUUUCGAUGGAGUCUUCUUGCGUGCAAAUGGUCGCUUACAAGAGUCACCUGAGCCGCUUGAAACGAGGCAUCCAAUAAUAUUGCCAUACAGUAGCACUAAGUGUAAAGAUAGUUGUUCUUGUCGUGUGUCUUGGCUUCUGAUGUGUGCAGCUCAUUGUCGAUUAGCGCAUUCUGGCCCAGAUGCAAUGUUAGCGUCGAUCCGGCAAAUAUUCUGGCCAUUGAAGGGUCGCAAACUUGCCAGUCGCGCAAUAAAGAAUUGUUGGCCGUGUCGGAAACGCUCAGCUCGCCCUCAACCGCCCCUUAUGGCAAACUUGCCCGAGGUUCGUCUGACGGAGGCGAGGCCAUUUUUGAACAGUGGGAUAGAUUACUUUGGUCCACUGUACGUGAAACGAGGACGGUCCACUGAAAAGAGAUGGGGAUGUAUUUUUACGUGUUUAUCGUGUAGAGCAGUGCAUUUGGAAUUGGCCUGGUCAAUGGAAACUGAUUCCUUCAUAUGCGCUCUUAGAAGGUUUACAGCAAUCCGAGGCCCCGUGAAAGGAAUAUGGAGUGACAACGGGUCCAAUUUCGUUGGCGCUUCAAAAGAAUUACGGCAAUUAAUUUCUGAUCUGGAUCAAACUCGCGUUACCAACGAAUGUUUGAAGAAAGGCAUUGAUUGGAAUUUUUCGCCACCUUAUGCCCCUCAUUUCGGGGGCAUCUGGGAGCGGCUCGUCAAGAGUGCAAAGCGUACUUUGAAGGCAGUCCUUGGUAACCUGUGUGUAACGGACGAAGUAUUAACGACUGCGUUCGCUGAAAUUUCCGAUAUUAUGAACAGCCGUCCUUUAACUCAUAUUGGGGACAACGUACGUGAUCCAGCACCCCUCACGCCCAAUUGUCUUAUACGUGGGCAUACUGACGCAAAUACACCACUGGAUACGGAUUGUACAUCAACAGCGCAUCGGAGAAGAUGGAGACAAACCGAAGCAAUCUCGAAUCAGUUCUGGAAGCGAUGGCGGCGAGAGUAUCUACCAAUGCUGAUGACUCGAACAAAGUGGCUGAAAGAUCAUAGGAAUUUAUCGAUAGAUGAUAUCGUAAUUGUUGUAGAUGACGGCGCCCCAAGAGGAAGUUGGCUACUAGGAAGAGUUAUCAAAGUUUUCCCUGGAAAAGAUAACCGGGUGCGUGUCGCAACCGUUAAAACAACCAAUGGGGAAAUAACCAGACCUGUGACGAAACUAUGCCUCCUGGAAAAUGAAUAACCCCUUGAAGGGUUAUUGGGGGCGGCUGUGUCGGCGAUAGAAGUUUCUUUUCAGUUGAUCAUUAUUUUGAACGCUGUUCUUCCUUGUGUUCCGACCGGCUAAUUUUUAUCGAUAAUUGCUUUUCUGUUUUGACGCGAAUUUCGCGGGCUUUACUGCACCUGACGUGUCACGCGUGGCUCUUGCAUCUCGACUUUAUGCGUCGUAGGACGUUCUUGUUUAAUCUUGUUAUGGUGUCAGUGGUGUGGUUUCGCAUUAGGUAGAACUGUGGUGAGGGUAUCGUAACCGGGGCCCCAUAUGACCAUCGUCGUCAUUUAUUGCUUUAAUUGUUCAUGUAUUUUUAUAUUUCAUUCUGCUUUCAUUUCAUAACUGCUUUCUAAAUUUAGUUGCUAUUAUAUUCUAAUAACGUGAUCGUUCACGUUACCUGUCAGUUUCUUGUCGAUUUAGGCCUUUGGAGCGUUAUCAUAUUCAACCGUUUUACAAUAAACGCGUAUGACAUGGAACAUCUGUGUGCCUA